GCCUAGACCUUGAGCUGUUUCGGAUACCUGCCUACACAACUUGUCGCCAUUGCCUAGUCCUCCCUGCAUUCUGUUUUUUCUUCUUUUUCACCCCUCUGUUACUUUCUCCUCAUCCCAUGCACAAUGAAUAAAGGAUGGAAAAACUGCGGCCAGAAGUCUUUGAGUGAGGCAUCAAUGGAUGAAUAUUUAGGCAGUUUAGGGCUGUUUCGGAAGGUGGUUGCCAAGGAUGCCUCUUGCCUUUUUCGGGCUAUUUCCGAGCAGCUGUUUUACAGCCAGAUCCAUCAUUUAAAAAUCAGGAGAGCUUGUGUCUCAUAUAUGAAGGAAAAUCAAGAAACUUUUGAGUCUUAUGUGGAGGGAUCUUUUGAGAAAUAUCUUGAACGGUUGGGAGAUCCCCAGGAGAGUGCUGGCCAGCUGGAAUUAAGAGCGCUUUCUCUAAUUUAUAAUCGAGAUGUCAUUCUUUACCGGUAUCCUGGAAAGCCACCAAUACAGGUCACAGAUAAUGGCUUUGAAAAAAAGAUUAUUCUCUGUUAUUCAAAUAAUGGCCACUAUGAUUCUGUGUACUCAAAGGAAUUUCAAUCAACUGCAGGAAUAUGCCAAGCUAUAUUAUAUGAAAUGCUUUAUAAAGAUGUAUUUGCUGUGGAUGAAGAACUAUUGAAAACUGCAGUUGAUUUGUUUCGAAAUGGUUCCAGGAGAAACAAAAACCAUGCUUUGACUGGAAAUGUAGAAGCCAGUACCGAUCAGAAGAGCUCAACCCAGGAUAGAGUCAAAGAGAUUGAUGCCAGCUCCAGUGUCGAAAAUACACCAGAAGACAGUAAGCAAGGAACAGAAGAACAGAAGUUUCCAGAAACUCCAUCGAAGAUUCCCUUUCCUUAUAAAGUGCUGAAAGGUCUAGCUCCAGAAAUCUAUCGCAAUAUAGAAUUUGAUGCUUGGUUGGACAGUAGAAAAGAACUUCAAAAACCUGAUUGCAUAGAAUAUGCUGGAAGACUUUACCAUUUAGGGGACAAGUGUCAGGUUUGCUUGGAACCAGAUGGAAAAUAUUAUACUGCUCAUAUUCAAGAAAUUGAAAGUGACAAAAACUCAGUACUAGUUUUCAUUGAGGAAAUUGCAGAAAAGCAUGCAGUUCCGAUAACUAAUGUAAAACCAGUCAACCAAGUGGCACUUCUUCCUUCCUGGAUUACCUUGCCAACCUAUAAAGGAAGGGGUUACCAGGCUAUAACUGGAGGCUAUUUCCCACCAAUGGUUAUGACAGAGAUGAACAUGAAGCAACGGAAGAAGAUGUCCAAGAAAGUUCGAGGAAAAGAAGUUUAUAUGACCAUGGCUUAUAGCAGGGGAGACCCGCUUGUCCCACCCAGAAUUCAGCAUAGUAUGCAUUUUGGGCAUGACCCACUAUUGUACUAUUCACAGACAGCUGGCCAAAUUAUGUCUAGUGAACAUUUCUACCCUCAACAUUCAUCUCAAAGACAAGGUCGGGGAUAUGGGAUGCCCAGGGAUUCGUCUCACUUAGUAAACAGGCAAAACAUGCCAAAUCCUAAAGUUGGAUUUUACCCUGGCCAAGGUAAAAGGUGCUGCCAGAGCUAUGAUAAUGUCUCCUGUAGGUCUCGUUCUUUUAGGCGUAACCACCGUCAGACGCAAUGCAUGAAUAAGGAAUGCCAGUAUGGUUUUGUUCCAAAGAAUGGCGUGGAAGAAACUGUUACAUUUUAUGCACUUGAAGGGAAUGAGGCUGGUUAUUCAACUUUACCUAACAAUGGUGAUUCCACUUCAAUGGUUCCUGUUACUUCAGGAUACUGUGUUGCAAAUCAGGGCUAUAACUCAUGCAAACCAACUUUGAAUUCAGAAGACAGCACGGACCAGUGUGACAACGGAGGAUAUCAUGGAGAUUAUCUUUAUUCUUCAGAACAAGGCUAUGAAACUUCCAGUGUAUAUACCACAACUGUAUCUACAGCAAACCUGUCUCUUCAGGACAGUGGACCAUGUUCUGUGCCUCAAGACACAAUUACCUCAUACAACCACCCCCAGAAGGUGUUAGAAAAUUCUACAGCAAUUACAUCCUGGGCUGAUCAUGUUCCUGUUCCAGUCUUACCUAACUAUACAGGAAAUAAUCAAACUAUAAGUACCUCUGAUGUUUCCUCACAGGAUACCAUACAGCCUGUCUUUGUACCUCCUCCUGCACAAGAUAGUCAAGCCUAUCUUCAGCCUUCAGCAGCAACAGCAAUGGCAAUACCACUACCACCACCUCCUCCUCUAACUUCUUUUGAAGCAGGAGAUGCUUCAGGCUUACCUCCACCACCACCACCGCCACCACCACCUUUUUCCUGUGAUCCAAAUGGAAGUGAUCUGCCCCAAGAUACAAAAGUUUUGCAGUACUAUUUCAAUCUUGGAUUGCAGUGCUAUCAUCAUAACUGCUGGCACGCCAUGGUCUAUGUGCCACAUGUUCAGCAGCAGCAGCUUCAUGUAGAGAGUUAUCCGGAGUAUACUGAGCAACCUCUUGUAGACCAAAGUGUUCCUCAUUUGUACAGUGAUGUAGCGGGGGCAGAUGACACACAGGCGGGAGUAUCAACAAAUGAUACUUUUCCCGUUGCUGAUGCCGUACCUGUCCCUCAUGGAGCAGUCUAUUAUCCAGUAAUGGCAGAUCCCUAUGGGUCAACUUUACCAGGUUUUGAUCCUUGCAUUCCUGUGGCAUCAGAUUAUCCCGGUGUUGCCAUGUGGCAUCCAGUUGGUGCAGCAUAUGGUGGUUCUGCCCAAAUGCAUGGUGCUAUAAAUUCUGGACCAGUUAACUAUAUGCUUCUACCUAACACACCUCAUUAUACACCUCAGAAUUAAAAUUUGGCAAUAUGAAAUAUUCUUUGCUGCCAUUUUUACUUUCAUGGUUGAUAAAUGUCUUAUUAGUUCUUAAGUGGUGUAGGUGGUAAAAAUGUUGAGUAUUGUAUGUCUUUAAAAUUAUUUUACUUUUGAAGUAAAAUAUUUCUUUAAAACAAGGGAAUAUCAAUUUGUUAUGAAUAAGAAAAUUGAAAUGAAUGUACUUCUAGUGCCUAUAAUGAGUAAUUUCAUUGUAGGCAGAUUUCUGUUAGCCAGAUUGUGAACAUUGUAUUAACUGAUGGUGCCAAUUGCUAAAAGAAAGAAAACAUACAACUUGUUUUCUUAAGAUAUGGUGCAUCUUAAUCGACUAUUUGAAAUUGAUAAUGAUUUCCACUUUUCGAGAAAUGUAAGAAACAGAAAAAAACAAGAACCUAUGCUCCUAAGCAUUUGUUUGUAUUAAAUGAGAUUUCUUUAAGAAUUGUCAGAACUGAAUUGUAGUCUGAUAUUAAUAAGUUUUGAAAGCACAUGGUGUUCUGCUUUACGUUUGCCGCAUAUGGUAUUGUUUAAUACUGGAUUUACAUAACUGUCCUACUGCACAGUAUUAUAGUGUCCUUUGCACAAUUUGCAGUAAAU